GAUUCGUCAAAUACGCGAUUUGCAAAUUUUGAGUUCUUCAACAUUAUAUUAUUCGAUGAUGAACAAAAUUCGAGGAUAUCAAACCGCGAAUGUAAAGGAAUUUCUGUAUUUCCGAAAACGGUUACUGCCGGAGAUUUGAUUCUGAUACGAAAAAUCAUAGGCUUUGAGAUAUAGAUAUUUUUCAGACAUUGAAAAGGCGAGGAAGCUAUACUGGCCUUAAUUGGCAGACUUUUUUUUUUAAUCGAGGAUUAUUGUAUUUUACUGUUAUGAAGUAUUAUGAAGGUUGUGUUGAGGUAAACAAAACCUCUCUUCUGAGGGAUUGGGUCAGAAUGAAUGGAUACAUCUCUCAUGAACAAACAGUAUUUUUAAUGUUUUUUAUCAUGAAAAAACGGAUAAUUGUUUAAAAAAAAAAGAAGUGAUGAUCAGAGGGGUUGGUUAAUCUUAAUCUUAUCUUUAGCGAAUCUCAUUUGGUAUGCAAUAGACCUAUGACUCAUCCUUCGAUAUCUUUUCAAUAAGAAAAUUCAGAAAAUUAAUUUUCUUCGGCAUUUCACUAUGAGGCAUUGCUCGGUAUGUUUGAUUAAAAAUAUGCCUGGGGACAACCUAAAGGGUAAAACCUUUAUCGAGAAGAGGAUCCCUAUAACGUCAUGGCUUCCUAAAUAUAACACAGAGGACUUGGUGGCGGAUAUAAUCGCAGGGGUCACCGUCGGGCUCACCGUUAUGCCCCAGGCAUUGGCUUACGCUGCGCUGGCCGGGCUCGAACCUCAGGUCAUAUGGACUGUAUUCUUCCUUCCUCGGUUGCUUCGUGUACACGGUGUUCGGAAGCUGCAAGGACAUAACGAUAGGACCCACUGCCUUGAUGUCCCUCAUGACUUAUCAGCAAGUUUACAACAGGAAUCAGGAUUACGCUGUUCUCCUAUGCUUCCUAUUAAGAGGGACCUGCACCAUUUUUGGCUUUCUUCAGAACACCAAUGGAAACCUACUUUUUCCUCCAAGUGGAACCUUCACUUCUGGUUUUUUUCUGACAAUGAGCAAAGAGGACGACCACUCGACGGAGGAAGUCUUGUUUUCCUCCCUGAGUUCGAUCGGAGUCCGGCAGACUGUAUCGUAGUGACUCAUAUCGUUCGCGAUCUGUUAUGUGUUUUGGUUGAGUUUAUUUCGCAACCUGUCACAGUUGGAUUCACAACGGCUACGUCGGUGAUUAUUGUGGUUUCACAGAUCAAAGGCCUCCUUGGCCUAUCAUUUACUUCUGAAGGCUUUUUGCCUACGUUGAUGAAAAUUGUUGAAAACAUUCAUGAGACCAAAUUUUGGGACACCACGUUAGGUUUAGUUUGUAUAGCUAUCUUAUUAUUAUUAAGGAAAGUUAAGGAUCUAGUUGUUGUUGAUAAAAGAUCUCCCAAACAAAAAAGAGUAAUAGCGAAAUGUUUGUGGCUACUUUCAACUUCUCGCAAUGCUCUGGUCGUUGUAGUGUGCUCAUUUAUAUCAUUUGUCCUUCAUAACAAUAAUAAUGGUAGUGUGCCCUAUAAGCUGACAGGAGCUGUAAGAUCAGGUAUUCCAGCAGUUCAGUUGCCACCUUUCUCGACUACUAUCGGUAACGAAACAGUUGGCUUCUUUGACAUGGUUUCUGGUCUUGGAUCAUCCAUCAUUUUAGUACCUAUCAUAGCAGUAUUGGGAAAUGUUGCUAUAGCCAAAGCUUUUGCCAGUGGAGGUUCGGUGGAUGCUACACAAGAACUUCUGACAUUAGCUGGUUGUAAUCUCCUUGGUUCUUUUGUUUCUUCUAUGCCCGUCACUGGCUCAUUUUCAAGAUCAGCUGUUAAUCAUGCGAGUGGAGUUAGGACACCAAUGGGUGGAGUUUAUACAGGGGUUCUGCUUUUAUUGGCACUUGGAGUCUUAACACCUUAUUUUUAUUACAUACCUAAAGCAUCACUUGCAGCUGUGAUAAUAUGUGCUGUUAUAUUUAUGAUUGAAUAUGAAGUCAUUAAGCCGAUGUGGAAAGCUAGUCGAAAAGAUUUGGUGCCGAUGUUUACCACUUUCAGUGUCUGUUUACUAAUUGGGGUAGAAUUAGGAAUACUGAUUGGUGUUGCUACAAAUAUUGCAUUGUUACUAAUUUAUGCUGCUCGACCAGAUAUAUAUAUUGAAAAGAGUCAGGAAAAUAAUGGAACAGAAUAUACUAGGGUGAAACCUAGUUCAAGUAUUCAUUUCCCAGGGGUAGAGCACUUUCGCACUGCUGUUCUCCAAGCUGCUGAAACCCACCUUCCUGUUGUUAUCGAUUGUACGUUUAUGCAAACUACAGAUUUUACAACAGCCAAAAGUAUUUCUGUCUUAUUAAAUGAGUUUUAUAAGCGACAUCAGGCUUUAUUUUUCUACAAUGUGAAACCAAGUCUAGCUGCUGUGCUGUCUCCUAUUUGUACAAAGCAUUUUGUAAUAAUAUCAAACAAUGAUGAACUAGCUCGUGCUUUACAAGAUGUUCAUAAAAACGGCAUUUCAGAUGAAAUUACACAAGUCUCAACUGAGUUGACCGAUUUGACACAUCGAAAAAGAAACCAAAAUGGAUCAGAGUUGGAAGAAAAAUGUGAAGAACCACUGCUUACCUAUUGUAUAAAAGGAACAAUUGUUCCAGGAAAUCCUUCAAUUUAGAUUUCCCAGCAAACAAAAAAUAAAAAGAUUGUAUGUAUGUAGUAAUCCUUGCCAAACAGUAUUUAUAGGACUUGAACUGUAAAUGACUAUUUUUUUAUGUUAGUAAUUAUUAGGUUAUUGUGGCAUUUGUAAAUAUAAUCAUAAUGUGAUGUGGAUGUUUUUCAUCAGUAGAUGGAUAUUAUUUAAUAUACUGCCACGCCAGUUUGAUACCAUUAAAAUUCAGACUGAAACGUGAAAUAUUGUUUUCAUGGCACUUAUGAAAACAGGACAUGUGUUUGGUGCAUUGUGUUUUAUUCUGUGAUAAACUACUGUUAGAUAUAUCUCUACCAUUCCGUAGCACAGUGCAUUCUGUUUUCUAUUGUAGUUUUUGUAUUAAAUGUUAGUUAUUGUAAAUACACUUGUAUCUUGUAUUUUCACCUGUAAGUUUACUUUUAAUUUUCAUUCACUAUUUUAAACUUAUAGUUUGUAGUCAGUUUUAAUUUUGGGUGAAACAGAUUAAAUAUUGGAGGAUGAAUCGGGAGUUUGAUCUGCAUUAAGUUAAUAUUUGUUUUUUUUUUCUGUUUUUGUAUUUUGUAUUGUAAGAAUAUCAAAUAUUUUGUCUUGUUUUUGUCACUUGUACAUUUUGUGUACUGUAACACAAUAAUUUCUUAUUAUAAUUAUACUGUGUAUACAUUUUCAUUUAAAUAUUAAUUUUUUGUUUAUGUUGGACAAAUGAAUAAUUUUGUUCUUUGAUUUUCACUUAAAGUGGUUUGUGAUAGAAAUUCAACAGAUCCUAUCUAUUAAUACUAAACAAACAAUUGUUAUCUCUUUUUUUCAUAAAAGAAAGUAUUGUAGGUAUUUGAAAAAAUAACUUAUUGAAUUUCUAAUUAAUACACGAUUUCUUACAAACGAUUCUGUGAACUUGCAUCCUUGUACCUGAAAUGAUUUGACAGGGACUUUGUCAUUAUAGUUUCUCUAAGAUCUAUGUUUUUUUACUUAAUAUUAUAUGAAUAUAUGAAGGAUGUGAAUUUUUAAAUUUGUAUCAUAAUUCAUUGUCUUUGACUUGUUGACUUUAUUUUUGAUAAAAGAUUUAUUUCUUUUAAGCUAGAAAAAUCUUACUUAACAUUUUUAAAUAAUGUUAUGUAGUUUAAUAUUGCCUGUAUUGAGGCCAUUCAUUAUAUUAUGAAUAAGGUAUAUUCCUAAUACUAUUUGAACAUUUUAAUAUUUAGUUCAAACACUAUGUUUGUAUCCCAAGAUCUGAAUUAUUUUAGCUUUAUAGAUAAAGUUAUACAGAUUGUCUCAAUAUUAUAAAGCAAAACUGAAUCGAUACAAUGGGAUUAGUCUAAUAAAUAUGACAAUUUAAACUUGACAAAAAUGGUAUUGGUUAAUUACGAUAAAUGCUUGUGAUAAAAUAACUUUUGUAUUGAAAUGUGACGAAUAUUUCUGAAAGAAUUUUAUUUUUCUGAGAAGUUACUAGUAGAACUUUAACCAUUUAUUAGUGUUUUAUUUAAUAUAUAUAUACGUCUAUCUUUUUUUGUAACUCUUAAAUUUCCCAUUGGUUGAGGUAAGAAGAUAUGUUAUCUACAGGAUAGAUGAAAUGUUAUUUUUUAUUAACAUGUACUUCAAUUUGAACCUUUGCUUUGACAUCAGUUGUUAAUUUUAUAUUUUGUUAAAUAAUUUAAGAAAACAAGAGUGAAUAAUUUUAUAAUACAUUUUAUUAAAGCAUUUUAUACAUCGA